GGCUUGGCUUUGCCGCGCUCGGUGCACUUGGGCGAGAGCUGGAACGUGGACCAGAUCUCCGAUCCCAGCGCAGCCACCGCGAUGAGAGGCGCUCGCGGCGCCUGGGAUUUUCUCUGCCUUCUGCUCCUCCUGCUCCGCGUCCAGACAGGCUCUUCUCAACCAUCUGUGAGUCCAGGAGAACUGUCUCCACCAUUCAUCCAUCCAACAAAAUCAGAGUUAAUAGUCAACGUUGGCACCGAGCUCCGGCUGCUAUGCACCGAUCCCGGCUUUGUCAAAUGGACUUUUGAGAUCCUGAAUCAGAUGCGUGAGAAUAAGCUCAAUGAAUGGAUCAUGGAAAAAGCAGAGGCCACCAACACGGGCAGAUACACGUGCACCAACGAACACGGCUUAAGCAGUUCCAUUUAUGUGUUUGUUAGAGACCCCGCCAAGCUUUUCCUUGUCGACCGGUUCUUGUAUGGGAAAGAAGACACUGAUGUGCUGGUCCGCUGUCCUCUGACAGACCCCGAGGUGGCCAACUACUCUCUCACGGGGUGCCAGGGGAAACCUCUUCCUAAGGACCUGAGGUUUGUUCCCGACCCCAAGGCUGGCAUCACAAUCAGAAGCGUGAAGCGUGCCUACCACCGGCUCUGCCUACACUGUUCUGCUGACCAGGAGGGCAAGCCAGUGCUGUCGGACAAAUUCACUCUGAAAGUGCGGCCAGCCUUCAAAGCUGUACCAGUUGUGUCUGUGUCCAAAACAAGAGCCCUUCUUCGAGAAGGGGAAGAAUUCACAGUGACAUGCACGAUAAAAGACGUGUCCAGUUCUGUGGACUCCGUGUGGAUAGGGGACAGUGGUCAGACUAAAGCACAGGUAAAACAGAAUAGCUGGCAUCACGGUGACUUCAAUUACGAGCGUCAGGAGACGCUGACUGUCAGCUCAGCCAGAGUUAACGAUUCUGGAGUGUUCACGUGUUAUGCCAAUAAUACUUUUGGAUCGGCAAAUGUCACAACAACCUUGGAAGUAGUAGAUAAAGGAUUCAUUCAUACCUUCCCCCUGACAAACACCACGGUAUUUGUAAAUGAUGGAGAAAAUGUGGAUUUGAUUGUGGAAUACGAGGCGUACCCCAAACCUGAACAACAGCAGUGGACAUACAUGAACAGGACCUUUGCUGACAAGUGGGAGCAUUACCCCAAGUCUCAGAAUGAAAGUAAUAUCAGAUAUGUCAGUGAACUUCACUUAACCAGAUUAAAAGGGACCGAAGGAGGCACUUACACAUUUCUAGUGUCCAAUUCUGACGUCAAUGCUUCCAUAGCAUUUAAUGUUUACGUGACCACAAAACCAGAAAUCCUGACUUAUGACAGGCUUAUGAAUGGCAUGCUCCAGUGUGUGGCUGCCGGGUUCCCUGAGCCCACCAUAGAUUGGUACUUUUGUCCAGGAACUGAGCAGAGAUGUUCAGCUCCUGUACUGCCAGUGGGUGUGCAGAUCCAGAACUCCUCCGGGCCACCCUUCGGCAGACUGGUGGUUCAGAGCUCCAUAGAUUCUAGUGCCUUCAAGCACAAUGGCACAGUUGAGUGUAAGGCCUCCAACGAUGUGGGCAAGACUUCUGCCUAUUUUAACUUUGCAUUUAAAGAGCAAAUCCACUCCCACACCCUGUUCACUCCUCUGCUGAUCGGCUUUGUGGUUGUAGCUGGGAUGAUGUGUGUUAUUGUGAUGAUCCUCACCUACAAAUAUUUACAGAAGCCAAUGUAUGAAGUACAGUGGAAGGUUGUUGAGGAGAUAAAUGGAAACAAUUAUGUUUACAUAGACCCGACACAACUUCCUUAUGAUCACAAGUGGGAGUUUCCCAGGAACAGGCUGAGUUUUGGGAAAACCUUGGGCGCUGGUGCCUUCGGGAAAGUUGUUGAGGCGACUGCCUACGGCUUAAUUAAGUCCGACUCGGCUAUGACCGUGGCUGUGAAGAUGCUCAAACCAAGUGCCCAUUUAACGGAACGAGAAGCCCUGAUGUCUGAGCUCAAAGUCCUUAGCUACCUGGGUAAUCAUAUGAACAUUGUGAACCUUCUCGGCGCCUGCACCAUUGGAGGGCCCACCUUGGUCAUUACGGAAUAUUGUUGCUAUGGUGAUCUUUUGAAUUUUUUGAGACGAAAACGUGAUUCAUUUAUUUGCUCAAAGCAGGAAGAUCACGCAGAAGCAGCACUUUAUAAGAACCUUCUCCAUUCAAAGGGGUCGACCUGCAGUGACAGCACUAAUGAAUACAUGGACAUGAAACCUGGAGUGUCUUAUGUUGUCCCAACCAAGUCAGACAAACGGAGAUCUGCACGAAUAGGCUCCUACAUAGAGAGAGACGUGACCUCUGCCAUCAUAGAGGAUGAUGAGUUGGCCCUGGACCUGGAGGACCUGCUGAGCUUUUCUUACCAGGUGGCAAAGGGCAUGGCUUUCCUCGCCUCCAAAAACUGUAUUCACAGAGACUUGGCAGCCAGAAAUAUCCUCCUUACCCAUGGUCGAAUCACAAAGAUUUGUGAUUUUGGUCUAGCCAGAGACAUCAAGAAUGAUUCUAAUUAUGUGGUGAAAGGAAAUGCUCGUCUGCCUGUCAAGUGGAUGGCACCCGAGAGCAUUUUCAACUGUGUGUACACAUUUGAAAGUGAUGUCUGGUCCUAUGGGAUUUUUCUGUGGGAGCUGUUUUCUUUAGGAAGCAGCCCUUACCCUGGGAUGCCCGUCGACUCUAAGUUCUACAAGAUGAUUAAGGAAGGCUUCCGAAUGCUCAGCCCCGAGCACGCACCUGCUGAAAUGUAUGACAUCAUGAAGACUUGCUGGGACGCCGAUCCUCUAAAAAGGCCAACAUUCAAGCAGAUCGUUCAGCUGAUAGAGAAGCAGAUUUCAGACAGCACCAGUCAUAUUUACUCCAACUUAGCAAACUGCAACCCCAACCCUGAGAACCCCGUGGUGGACCAUUCCGUGAGGAUCAACUCCGUUGGCAGCACUGCUUCCUCCUCCCAGCCCCUGCUCGUGCAUGAAGACGUCUGAGCAGGAGUGUCGGGGUCCCUGGUGCAGGAAUGACCCCCCAUCUUUCGGCUUCCUUGGUGGUUCUUUUGUUUCCUUUUGACUUGCACCCUACUCCAGGGUAGUGGCACCCACUGUAAUCCUGUCUUUCUAAGCACACUUUAGUGGCGGGUGACUUUUGUCAUCAGCCACCAUUCCAUUGCAAAGGUUCGAACUGUAUAUAUUCCCAAUAGCAAAGUAGCUCCUACUAUAACCAGGAAAAAAAAAAAAAGAUUCUGAUUUGGAAAAAGAGAGGGAGGGAUGGGCUGAAUGUCCAGAAUUCUUUCCGAGGAUUUUCUGAUUUGUGUUCAGAGUAUGGUUGAUUGUUAAUCUGAGUAAGUGAUAGUAGACACAUUUGGCCUUGGACCAUCCAGAGUGAUAUGAUAAUACAGCACGAUGAGAAGCUAAAAUCUAAACCUGGAAAACAGAAUAUUUUAUUAGAGCAAAGGACACAUGUGAACAUCUGGACCUAGGAAAUCUAGUAUUUCAUGCUGGGAAUGAGGCAGAGGCCGUGAAAAAUCUUGACUCAUGCUUACUCCCUAGGCCAUGAGCAAAGGGCUUCACUGUGGAGCUACUAUACUACUGACCUGGCUUUAAAGUAAGAGUUUGAGGC